GCCAGAUACCAAUGCCUUUUCCGCGCCGCACACCUCCGCUGCGCAUCGACCGUUCCGGCGAGUGACCUGUCGAAACCCGUCGUACCUUGGAAGACGCCACACAGCGUAUGGGCGCCCGAGAACCUGAUUCCGCCGCCAAAAGAUGGCGAGAUCCUUAUGGAGCGCAAGCCAAACCGUGAGCUGCCACCCGUCCCGCCCUUCAUCUCCCCUCAAGUCCUAAAAACCUUUCCGCUCUUCAUCCUCGCAAUGACAGUGUCCAUGGCCGUCUUCUUCAACUACCAAAAACAAGAGUCCUCCGUUGUCACAUCGACACUCUAUGCGCUGCGCACAAAUCCUCUCGUCCGCUCCGAGCUAGGUGACGAGAUCUACUUUGCGUCAAAGUACCCCUGGAUCAGCGGCGACAUCAAUCAGGUGCAUGGCAAGAUCGACAUCAGGUUUUCAGUCAAGGGAACCAAGAGCAAUGGGGAGGUGAGGUUAAGGUGCAGGAGGAAGGGUAGAGGUGGAUUGUAUCACACGCAGGAGUACAGCUUGACCAUGGAGGAUGGGCGGAAGCUAGAGUUGUAUGAUCCUGAGGGUAACGCCAUUGAUCCGUUUAUGGACCCGGUUGGAUAGUAGGGAUGAUACGCAUCGGAGGUGUUCAGAACAUAGUGCAUCGAAGGCACGGCAAGGAUCUCUAGGCCUGCAAUCAAUUUGGCAGGCUGUACAAGAUAGGACCCGAUUGUGAAUCGAGUGUCGAGUAAGGUGAGGGCAGCGAUUUGCCGUGUAACAUGUGUAUAUAUAUAUAGCUGUACAUUAUCGCAUCAUGUACAACGUCAGCCCAAGAAGAACAAGGGCAUUGGGUAUACCAAACGUCUUGAGCGCAGUUGCUGGCAUGCAAGCGUUUAGCUAGAAACCUUCAAAUGGCUGCUCGUCUACUCUCUUUGAGUGGGAUGUAACGGAGCACCGUCACGCUCGUCAGGAAUACGAAAUUGAUAGUAGUAAAGUAGUUGUCUGUGUACUCAUAAUAAAAUAAACAUAAUGUGCGCCACGAUG